UUUGCUUCGCGAACUUUUGUAUCGUCUACACACAUCGCACACAGCUGUUUAGCAACACUAUAAAUUUUUAUUAAUAAUUUUACUAAAUACUACAGACUAAUAAAUUUUGAAAAGUUUUUCUUUAAAUAGACAAUAUAUUUUCAUUAAAAUAAAUAUAUACAUAUAUUUAUUUCUUUUUCGUUUCUGUAAAAAAGUAAAAUAAAUAACUAAAAUGGUACGUGUUAUAGAAGAUGUUUUUGGAACAGCUAUUAAUCCAUUGACCAAACAAUCGGAACAAAUCAAACGCUUUACUCUGCAAAAUGAUAUGGAAAUGAAAGUACAAGUUAUUUCUUUGGGUGCCACCAUAACUAGUAUCCAAGUACCGGAUGCAAAUGGGCAUGUGGAUGACAUCGCACUGGGUUAUGAUGAUAUUGCAGGUUACCAAACUUCAAGUAAUCCAUAUUUUGGUGCAACUGUGGGUCGAGUUUGUAAUCGCAUUGCCAACGGUCGGAUUCCACUAAAGGGUCAAGAGAUACAGGUCUCUCGUAAUUUCAACAAUAAACAUCAAUUGCAUGGUGGUUUCAUUGGCUUCGACAAGGUCCAUUGGCAGGUGGAAGCCGUACACCAAGAUGGCAUAACACUCAAACACUAUUCACCGGAUGGUCAUGAAGGAUAUCCGGGCCAAGUAACCACAACGGUGAAAUUCACAUUGACCGAGGACAAUUGUCUACACGUACAAAUGCAAGCUGAGACAACUAAAGUUACGGCUGUCAAUAUGACAAAUCAUACGUAUUUCAAUUUGGCCGGACAUAAUGCCGGUCAAGAAGCCAUAUUUGAACAUACAAUCAUGAUUAAAGCAGACAAAAUAACUGAAACUGACGCAGAGUCCAUUCCAACUGGUAAUUUUAAAAAUGUCGAAGGCACUUUAUACGAUUUACGUACAAUGAAAAAUUUAGGGGAACAAAUAAAGAAACUUUUGCCUGCCACCAAUGGUUAUGAUGACAACUAUUGUGUGGAAAAGAACAGUGAUGACACAAGUGUCAGCUUAAUAGCCAAAGCUUAUCAUCCAAAAACCGGAAGAUGGUUAGAAAUUGCCAGUAACCAACCAGGCGUGCAGUUUUAUACAGCAAAUUAUAUGCCCGAUACAACAAAAGGAGAGACACCCCUACAAGGCAAAAGUCAGGCCCAGUAUGUUAAACAAGGUGCCUUUUGUUUAGAGACACAAAAGUAUCCCGAUGCUGUCAAUCAUCCCAAUUUCCCAUCGAUCAUUUUAAAUCCGGGUGAAUGUUAUAACCACGAAGUGAUUUACAAAUUUGGCACAUGUCGUAAUGGAGGCUGUAAACAUUGAGUCAAAGAAACGAAACAAUCGAAAAGGAGGAAAAAGCACGAAAUAAACAAACAUAGAAAGAGAAACAACGAGAGCAGUGCGGCAUGUCAAAAUAGAUUUAACCCUAAUGGCGACAAAAUUUAUUGUUUCAUAAUUUAUGUUGACCUUCUCGUACUUUUAAACAAAAUCCAAAUAAAAACAAAAAAUAUACACACAAUUACGCAAAUAUA